AUGAGGUCCUCUCUAAGCUUAUUAGCUGCCGUUGCUCGCAGCCAACCCUCGAAACUGAAAAAGCCAGCCAUCAGUCUAGACCAUUUCAUCCAAAGACAGCGUGUCCUGGCAUUAUGGCGCGAAAUCGUCCGAGCUUUGAAUAAAAUCCCUCCUUCAACAACACGAAGUGAGCUACAUUCAUACGCUCGGCAGGAAUUCGAGCGACAUCGUGAUGUGAAGGAUGUGCCACAUAUCAGAUAUUUGCUUUCGACAGGAAAAGCGGAGUUUGAUACCAUGAGGCGGUAUAUUGACGAGCAGGUCGCUGGUUGA